AUGAAAGCGAAACCAAUGUUGACGUUUUCGAAAUUGGAUCCGGAGACAGGUGAUCUCUUGGAUAGGAUGUUCGAUAAAAAGGAUUGUAUGGUUGAGAUCAACCCUGGUAGGGUGAUCCUGCCUGCUGACUACAUGACCAUCGGGCAAGAUAUUUUGGACAUGGAAGUGCGAGACUCAGAUGUCUGGAUGUGUUCUUAUCCACGAACUGGUUCGACAUGGGCCCAAGAGAUGGUGUGGCUUAUCGGACACGAUUUAGACUAUGAAGGAGCCAAGUCGUUGCAACAAAUAAGAUGCCCACUAGUGGAGCUGUCCUGCAUUAUGGUGGCUGGUCAUUCCACCUGGCAUAAGGAAUCAGUUCAAGGUACAUCAGUAGACCUGGUAAAGCACCGUCUGCCAUUCCCUCGCUACAUUCGGAGCCAUCUGCCCUGGGAUCUGUUGCCGAUGGAUAUUGAAAACGAGGAUGGGUCUGCUAAGCCGAAGGUUAUAUACACGUCCCGGAAUCCAAAGGAUAUGGUGGUAUCGUACUAUCAUUACUGCACUUUGGUGCAUGGGCUCAAGGGAACAUUUGAAGAGUUCUGCGAUCUCUUCAUGAGAGACCGUGCACCAUUCGGACCGGUCUGGAACCAUAUACUUGGUUUCUGGAAUCGACGUCACGAUCCAAAUGUUCUCUUCAUCAAAUUUGAAGAGAUGAAGCAUGACCUGCCGUCUGUGGUUAGAAGAACUGCACAUUUUCUGAAUAAGGAACUUACCGACACCCAAGUGGACAAGCUUUGCGACCAUUUGUCCUUCCAAAAUAUGAAAACGAACAGAGCUGUUAACUUGGAAGCCAUUUUGGAAAAGUCUUUCGGCGUCAGCUAUUUGGAGUCCACAGAUUUAAGGUUUAUAAGGAAAGGAGAAAUUGGGGAUUGGAAGAACUACAUGUCGGAUGAUUUGUCGCGAAGAUUCGACGAGUGGGCCGAACAACAUCUGAAGGGGACCGAGUUGAGUUUCGAAUAA